AGAUGCACUGAAGUUUGAGUUGAUGCAUUUUUAUCAACUCUUAUUCAACUUAUGUUGAGUUGGUGGCUUGUCAACUGAAAAUGAAAAAAUUCGAAAGUAAACCACUGAUUGCACAAGCUGAUACGAAAGGGUUCAAUUUUUUAAGAUGAUACAGAGUGUAGUAUGAGUUUCUAUAGUCACAGUGGUGAUAGGACUCAAAAAAACUCCAAGAUACAGUUGAAACAGAGUCGAAGUUGCAGCUGAAGUUGGGACGGCACAUGGCUGGAAUAUGAAUUAGAGUGGGUUUCGUAAAGAUAGAAGUGGAGUUCGAGUAGAAUUUUGAAAUAUCCGAGUCGAGUGAUAUGGACUUGAAGCGGCAUAUACCUGGAAUUGUCUAACUCUGGUAUAAAACAGAGCAUUAGUUCUGUAUAUUAAUUGCUGUCGCCUAAUGUUAUAGUGUUGAUCAUAGCAGAACCUGAAUUUUAUAUAAGUACAGCCGUAAUGCAUGAUAUAUAUUUGAUUAGAUAAAAAAAAUAUACAAAAAAGCAAAAAUUUCUAAACUGGAAAAAAUCAAAGUUUUUAACUAAAUUUGAGACCGAGAGACUCCUUUUUUUCCAAAAUUUAUCCAUUUAUUCUUUUUAUGAGCCAUUUUCUUUAACUAGUUUUCAACCAUUAACUGAAAUCGAUAAACAAGUUAUGCUCAAGUUAUUCGAAUUAUGUAUCAAUCGAUAUUGUAAAGUUCGACGCGAUGCUCAAGGCUAUUUAUUUUCUGUUCUUAAUCGUUAUUUAUUAUCCUAUCGAGUUAUUAUUGAUCGCAUUAUUGAAUUACUUAAUAGUUCAGAUGAAGCUGAUCAUGAUCAAAUAAAAGAAUGUCUUUACACUCUUCUUGGUAAUCAUUCAUGGUCGAUGAUUGAAAAAUCUGACCAGAUAUGGCAAGAACAACACAACGUUUAA